GAUUUUUUUACAUGGGUGCUAAAAUUUAAAUUGAUUUGAUUUCAUAUUUUUUUAUAGAUGGGUGCUGAGAUAUACGACCCUAGAUUGUAUAUCGAUCCUGGCCCAAGGGAUCGAAGGUAUUUAACCGGGCAAGAUCAACAUCGCUCCCGUUCAAUUUGGAACAAUAAUCCGGAAUCACUUAUUCCCAUCAGUCAUCGAGGGACAUGUCGAUUGCCCCGUUGG